AUGGCGGAAGGUAAUAGCACUGUUCACUCUUCUCCGGUGAUCGACGGUAAUGUUGUGCAUGUAGGAGGCGAAACUCACGUGCUGAAUUAUGAUGCAAAUAUUCUAACCCUGGAAAAUGAAAUAAAUAAUUCAGAUGUCAUUGAUAGAGAGGAAGGUAUUUACGAGUUAGACGAUGCGGAUGAUGAAGUUGAUGAAGAAAAUAUCGAGCUAUCCCCUGGUGGGAUCCUGGAUGAAGAGACCAUUGGUCGAGGUCUGUCUAACUUGGGACGAUCAGCUGAUGGAUCCAUGCAAGUUUAUCUUCAUGUGACUGUGCCGGGAUUCAGUCUCAAAGAUAUUGCGAUCAUGGAAAUGUUCGUCCAUCUUCAAAAAGUGGAGCUUCCCUACAAUGAAAUAACAGAUCUCAGUCCUCUGAGUCACUUGAAGUACCUUUUGAUCCUAGACGUCUCCCAUAAUAAGAUUAAUCGCCUCCUUGACUUUGAGCCACCAAAAAACCUAAAGGACGUAGACCUUUCCUACAAUGAGAUCACAGAAAUGUCAGAUCUGUCACAGCAUCACUAUCUGAUGAAACUCAACCUAAACCACAACCAAAUCUCUGAAAUAGGUGGUCUUGAGAACUGUCAGCGACUAAACACUCUACAGUUAGCCCACAAUAAAAUCUCCAGAAUACAGGGACUGAAUAACUUACCAAUACAACAUCUAGAUCUGUGCCAUAAUCAGAUUAAAAGGAUUGAAAAUUUAGAAACUUUGAAGAAAUUACAGAGAGUGAACUUUUCUGGAAACAAUAUCCGAAGCAUGAAGGGAUUACAGGAGCAUGACCUUUUGGAAUCCAUCGACCUUGAGGACAAUGAGGUGAUAGAUAUUUCAGAAGUUAAGUACAUACAAGACUUGGAGAUGUUGCGUGUGUUGAAUUUACUAAGGAACCCAAUCCAGGAACUCCCCGACUAUCGACUGUCCAUACUCUAUAGGAUGCAAAGAUUGAAUGAACUUGAUCGUCACCGAGUGGAGGCAGAAGAAAAGGUCGCGUCAGUAAACAUGUUUAAUCCCCCACUAGAGGUGAUUGCAGCCAGGGACCAUAUCAUGCAUGUUGUUUAUUCCUUCCUACAGCUUAGCAGAGUCCUCGACAGCACUCUGCCCAGUAUUGAGACUCCAUACCCUAUGCUAGUCCUGGUUGGGCCCCAGGGAUCUGGCAAGAAGGACCUUGCCAUGAAGUUGGUGGAUGAGUUCUCAGAUUAUUUCGGAUAUGCAGUUUCUCACACAACACGAAAGAUGCAGCCAGAUGAGACAGACGGGGUCGACUACCAUUUCGUGACUCUGGAAAAAUUUGAAAUGGAUAUCAAAAUGGGCCAGUUUAUCCAGACAUACCAAUACCAUGGAGAUUGGUAUGGUCUGCAGAUGGAGUCUAUUGAGAGUGUGGCCAGGGAGGGGCUUGCCUGUGUAGUGCAUAUGGAACUGGAGGGAGUGCUGACGGUUAAGAACACCUAUUUUGAGCCACGCUAUGUACUGAUCAUGCCGCUGGGUCGAGACUGUCAUGAGAAACGCCUGCGAGACAAAGCAACCUACACAGAGGGUCAGAUAGAACACACACUUUCCCGGGCCGAUCUAUAUGCUGGAUACAACCAAGAUCACCCAGGAUUUUUUGAUAUGAUGAUCGAUAGUGAUGACAUCCAGGUCGCGUACAAACGUUUGCGUCGUCUGGUGAUGGACUAUUUAGGAAUCAGUCUCAACAGGUCACCCGCAGGUUCUGUGGACGGUGACGCUGAAACACACGUAGAGACUGACGUCCAUGGAACUACACAAAUAGGAACAAGGACAUGGUCAAAACCAAGUAUCGCAGAUAGCGCUGGAAUGUCUCAGGCUUACACGCGAGCCAAAGCUACUCAGUCACCUGUUCAGUCAGGCAGAGGCAUGCUGGAAGAGGCAUCAUGGAGAAGAAGACACAGUGCUGCCAGAGAUGCAGUUUCAGGCUACAUACCACCACUGUUUGAGCAGAUAGUUACACAAUACCCGAAGACAGCACCUCAGACAGUGGAAGGUCAGAUGGGCUUAGGAGACGGAGAGGUCAGCAGGUCAUACUCGGCCCCUGUCCAGAAACCACCUCAUGCUGAAUCAGAUGAGGACAGUUCCAGUGACGAACGCUCAGACUCCAUGUUAUCAGUGGCUUCAGCAGGUGAUAUGGGUGGAGGUUCGCCAGAAGGUUCAGUUCAUGGUGGGGGUAAAGGUCCCCAGUUACCAACGGAAACCAUGAACCCUUUAGAAUUUAUGGAGGAAGAAAAGGGGGGUAAAUCUCAAACCAGUCAACAAGAAGAACUUAAUGCACCAAGACCACCUUCUGCCCCUCGACCCGGUUCAAGGGGUCGGCCAGGAUCAGAUCGACAUAAAGUGCUGCCACCUAUAUCGCCAAUUCCAAAAGCAAACUUUAUUCCUGAAUAUUGAUUGUAAUUAUUUUGCUAUUAUUAAUGACU